GGUAGGGGGUGAUGAGCCACCAAUGGGAAGGAUCCAACACGACGUAAACAAGACAUCUCAGCCAGGUGAUGGUGGUGAUCCUCCUCUCACAGUGGUCACACUAGUACUUGUAACUGCCUCAGGAGGUCACCAUGAAGAGUAUUGUAGCAGUGUGGGUGUUGUGUGGAGCCCUGGUGGAGCCUGCUCAGGUGCUCACACCCAGGGGGGUGCUCCUCUCUAAAGCAUCUUUUUAUGACCCAAAGAGAGAUUUUAACUGUCUUGAUGGUUCUGGGACUAUCCCAUUUUCAUACGUGAAUGAUGAUUAUUGUGACUGUCAAGAUGGGAGUGACGAACCUGGGACUGCUGCUUGUCCUAAUGGCUUUUUCUACUGCACCAAUGUUGGCCACACACCUCUAAACAUUCCAUCCUCAAGAGUCAAUGACGGUGUCUGUGAUUGCUGUGAUGCUUCGGAUGAGUAUGCUUCUAAUGCCAAUUGUGUCGACACCUGUCGAGAGUUGGGUCGUGCAGCUCGAGAGGAGGCAGCCAAGCAACGAGAGGAAAGACUUAAAGGGUAUCACUUACGACAAUCGAUGAUUGAAGAAGGGCACAAGAGGAAAAAGGAUGUACAGAUUAAAAUUGAACAUCUUAAAAAAGAGAAAGAAAAUGCAGAAGCCAUUCGUACAGAGAAAGAAGACAUUAAGAAGGCUGCAGAAGAGCCAGAGAAGCUAGCGUUAGAAAAAUAUCAAACUGCUGAACAAGAAAAGAAGGCAGUAGCUGAGGAGGAAGAAAAGAAGAAAGAUGAGCAGGAGGCCAGGGAGGCCUUUGCUCAUCUCGACAACAAUGGCGAUGGCUACUUGACAGUUGAUGAACUUCAGUCCCGGCAAACUUUCGAUACAAAUAGGGAUGGACAUGUUUCAGAAGAAGAGGCUAAGUUCUACCUUAGGCAAGGGGAUAUCAUGUCAAAGGAUGACUUCUUCAACUCUGGAUGGCUAAUGAUGCGGCCUGUCUACAAUAUGGACAAGAGAAUGUUCACACCUCCUUCGUCCACCCCAACCCCUCCUGAGGAGAGUCUCACUCCACCCCCACCUGUGUUUGAUGAGAUAUCACGCUACGUUAACUCCAGAGCUAACUGGGACCUUUUGUCGGAUGAAAGUGAGGAUGAAGAUAGUGAAGAGUAUGACAAUUCUGAAGAUGACCACGAUGAUGCCAAGGAAGGAGAACAGAAGGAAGAGGAAGACGGCCCUAAAUAUGACGAUGAAACCCAGAAACUUGUUGAUGUGGCUAAUGAAGCUCGUGAACAGUUUGAUGAAGCAGACAGGCACGUCAGAGAUUUGGCCAGGGAAUUGAAAUCACUGGAAGAAUCUCAAGAAAAAGACUAUGGGCCAGAGGAAGAAUUUAGGGUUCUUGAAGGAAACUGCUUUGAAUAUACAGAUAGAGAAUACACCUACAGACUUUGUCCGUUUGAUAAGGCAAUCCAGAAACCCAAAUCUGGUCAUGGUGAAACACGGCUUGGUCAGUGGGGCGAGUGGACGGGACCAGAAGAAUACAAAUACAGCAGAAUGUUAUAUAGCAAUGGUCAGGCCUGUUGGAAUGGGCCUACUAGAUCUGCUGAUGUUCAAAUAUCCUGUGGGACUGAAACGAAGCUUAUAGGUGUUUCUGAACCAAAUCGAUGCGAAUACUUAUUCCUUUUAACCAGUCCAGCAGUAUGUACCAAACCGGAGGAGACUAACGGAGACGAGAGCACAGAUCACAGCCAUAUAGAGUUGUAGUGACUCUUGUAAUGUAACUCCAGGAUUUUGUACAUUAUAUUUUUUUUGUAACUGUAAUUAAAUGCGAAUUUUAAAAAUUCAUGUAUUUUAUUUCAGAGAGUAAACUUAUCUUCUUGUUUAAGAUAAAAUAUUGUGUCAUGUUACUCAUUUCGAGAUUCACAUUGGUUUGGGAUUUAUGCUGAUUAAAUAUAUUUUCAGUUUCUUUAAAAUGUACUAGUGUAAAAGAUGACAGAGUAUAUUAUACCAGACUGGUAAUUUGAAGCAAGGUUCAAUUAAUCUUUUUAAUAAUACUAAAUGUUCAGCACUAUUUUAUUUGGGUUUGGUUAAAAUGCACUUCUGUUACACAUUGUUGUUUACUGUAGCAAUUAGUACUUAGUCACACAAUAUUUUCACAAUAAAAAUUAACUUGUGUAAUAAUUGUACUGUAAUAAUUUUUUCAUUUAUUUGUCUGUGCAUAUAAAUUCUGUAUUAUUUAAAUUCAGUUUGAGUGAGUGUUUAAGCUGGUACCUGUGAUGAUUACAUUCCUCUAAAACAUGAUAAAUAAUAGCAUUUGUGGAAAUUUAAUAAUAAACUUCAUUAAUAACCUGAUGUUUUCUUAGUAAAAUGUAAAAGCUGA